AUGCAUCACUUCUUUUCUUCUCCCUUUUACAACUUUGAGCUUACACGCAUUCUUGGGACAACUGCUGCCGGAGGGUGCGAUGUUGCCGAGUUUCUUGAGGCAGUAGGCGAGAUCAAGAAACAUGAUGCAGAAAGCUGGUAUCGCGCCUGGUGGAAGCAGGCCAGCAGGGCAAGCCAGGUCGCUACAGAUGCCAGUCGCCAGGGCCUUGCGCCGUUAGCGAAGGCCGCCUACCUAAGGGCUGCCAACUACUACCGAGCUGCCCCAUACAUGCUUCCAGCGCUGGACCGCCGCGUCUUGAAGUGUGGCGAGCUCAGCGCAGAGAACUUUGAGAAAGCCACUGAGUUCAUGGAAGGCAGAGUUCUUAACAUGACAUUUCACUUCGGCAACAUCGACAUUCCAGGUCGCCUGUUCCUGCCCCCGGAGGCAAAGAGAUUGAGAAAUGAGCAGAAGACACCUCUCCUCAUCAACUGCGGUGGCGCAGACUCAACCAUGGAAGAACUGUAUUUUGUCUUCGGCACUCUGGGCCCAGAGCUCGGCUAUGCUGUUCUCAACUUCGAUGGUCCCGGGCAAGGUCUCACACUGAAGCGCGAUGGUGAACCAAUGAGACCUGACUACGAAAAGGUUCUCUCAUGUGUUCUUGAUGGGAUAUGGGCUUUGGCUAAAGAGCGGCCCGAUGCCAAUCUCGACCUUGACCGCGUCUGUGUAGCAGGCAUUUCUAUGGGCGGAUACAUCGCUCUGAGAACAGCCGCUGCUGAGCCAUCCCGUGUUGCAGCCUGCAUCUCAGCCGACCCACUCUACGAUAUGUGGGAGCUGGCCAUGACGAGACUGCCGGGCUGGUAUGUGCGCAUGUGGCUAAGCGGGUGGAUCUCAGACGGCUUCUUUGACUGGUCAUGCAACUCUCACAUGUCGUUGGAUUUCCCUACCAAGUGGGAGUUUACCACGACAAUGCAUGUGAUGGGUCAGAGAAAGCCGGCGGAUGUUGUUCGAGAAUUCAGGAGAUACUCUCUGCGAUGGCGACCUGAUGAUGACUUCAAAGACAAGGACGUGGAUGAAGAAAGAGGUGGGGCAACCAUCUUAUCGCAGCUCCCCGAUGCUAGCACGCAACGCAUUAUGGAUGAGCUCGUUCAUGUUCCUCUUGAGAAGAAGGAGAUUUGGAUCCCAGAGACUGUGGGGGAGGGGGCCUUGACAGGCAAAGUUGGGGCGUGGAACUCGCUUGCGACCAAAACCUUCGCAUUUCUCGACAAGCAACUGGGAAUUAAUCGGCCUUCGAGAUGA